CUUGACACCGCUUUAACAGCCGUGGCUCCAUGCUAUAGAGUUCUGGGAAUAGCAAUAGCACCUAUAUUUCUAUACCUCUUCAUAAUAGUGAACUAUACACUCUCUAUGCGGUUUACAAUCUGUAUGCCAAUUGCCCCCAACAAGCUGGGGACUCAGAGGCUAUACAGACCAACCAUUAAGGCCAGCCUGGGGAUGGAGUCGGCAUGUGGCAUCCACACGACGCAUGCCCUGACUCCACCUCUACACCGGCAUGAUGCUGCACACUGCACCACAUGAUGGGCAAUGUCACAGUGCUCCUUUGUCUUGAUGAUGCAGCGCCAAAAGAGCACCGAAAAGCUGUGGGGCUGGUGGCUGUGGUGCCCUUUCCAUAGCAUAGAAAACCCACAAGGUUAAAGCAAUAAACAGUUUUGUGGCUACUUUUUGUGCUGUGGAAAGGCGAGAUCAGGGCCACGGCGUGCCAUUGCCACAACCCUGAUCUGGCGCUAAAAGGGGUGACCUAUACAGCCCCUCAUUUUACCUAUGAAAGGAUGGAAGGCUAACACACUUAUAUUUUUUAAUUAUAAUUAUUUAAUUUUAGCACAAGGGAACAAGAUAAACCCCAGGCAUGUUGGGAUGGAAAAGAAAACCCCGAGAAGCAUAACCUGGGAUGACUUUAGAAUAAGGCUCUUGGUGUUUUUCCUCUAAUCUUCUUCUUACUUAUCAGGACUCUAAGCCUUGAGAGCUCCCACUUCUCCAGAUUAUCCUUCCUAACUUUGUGCGCUGUUCCAGGCAAGCUUUGCAAGUUUUGCAUUCAAUUCAUUCCUCCUUUCCGAGAAAACCAACCUCCCCAGUUCCCCUGCCUCUUGUAGGAAACCUCGGUGCACAUUGCCUUUGCAAAUAACGCAAGGAGAAUUGAUGCCACCAUUGGCAUCUAAAGUGGAAUCGUUGUGCUGUUAUUAUAUAGUGCAAAUGUAAAGAGCAAUAGGAAGAAAAAUGAGAAUGAGGAGGAGGAGACUGUAAAACUGAGACAUUGCAAUAACAAUAACACUAUAUAGUGAUAUAUCUAUAAUAGAAAAAUAACGGGAAAGAAGCUUUCUGAACGCUGACUUGCUCUCCACUGCAAAGCCCAUCUGGCUGCUUUAAAAGCAACCCAUAGGUCUCGGUUAGAUACUGGUUUCUGCAUUUUUUGCCUGGCUAGAAGUGGCUUUUGUUUUUCGUGGAAUAUUCCAAACACUUGUACAAUAUUUCAAAAUGUUCUGGCGAAAGAGCAUCCGCUCAUAUUUUGGAGCAAAAGGCCUCCUUGCGGUGCCAAGGACUCAGCCUGGGAUCCAACUGCAGCAAGCAUUUGCCAGUCCCAUUUCCCUUGUCUUCAAGGGAAAAUAUUCAGGGGAGAAGCAGCAUUAAAAACUCCUCUGACCAUUGCCCCAGAAAAUCAAUAAAGCUUGGAGAAAACAUGCCGUUUGGAGGACAGUUCUUAGAAAUGGCAGCCAAUCUGGCCAUGCACCAGCCAGGAUUGGGUCCAGAUUGGCUGGGGAUUCUGGGAGCUGUAGUCUGGUUUCUUUUCUUUUUUUAAAGAGUAACAUUUCCAAGUUGCAAAUGGAGAUCAUUGGCUCAUUUGGGGAGCAGGCAGUUUUCAGGUUGUGUCCGCAUUGCAGAAAUAAUCCAGUUGGACACCGCUUGAACUACUGCAGCUGAAUGCAAUGGAAACCUGGAAAUGGUAGUUUCUUGUGGCACCAAGCAGAGAAAGCUAAAUGUUUCCCAAAACUAUAUAUCCCAGCAUUCCAUAGGAUUGAGCCAUGGCAAUUCAAGUGGUGCCCAACUGGAUUAUUUCUGCAGUGUGGACAUCGCACCAGAAAUGUCCAAAGUCACAAGAAGGGGUAGCUGUGUUGGCCCUAUGGCAAAUUCAAACAAAACCGCACCAAACAGUGAUACCUUUAUGGUCUAACCGAAAUGCACCAUAUACUUGUUGCAAGCUUUUGGAGCUCCGUUGGCUUUUUCUUCAUCAGGCAAGAUGCUAUAAACCAAACAGGAGGAAAAAAUUAGAGAUGUUAGUAAGAUGCCUGCAUUUUAUGGUUUCUGUCCUUAGUUUAGAUGGUAUGGGGCGGGUAUCUUGUGUGAUAUAAAAUCAAUCAAUAAGUGAAUAAAUGGAUUGAUAGGUCUUUGGUCUGCCUCUUUUGUUUAUGUGUUAAUGAUGUGUAAAUGGACACGUCUGAGCUAGACCUAAAGAAUUUAGCAGGAGAUUAUAGAGCCAAGAAAUCUCUAUCUUUCUCUGUCUCUCUCUCAUUGGAUGGAGACAAGCAGAGCCCUUAUCUCCAAGAAAGAAGAUAUGGACUCUUAUAGCGGGAGAACACUCCAGGGUUAGAAAAAUAAGAAUGCAAGUGACCUUAACAGGGGUGACACUAUAUAUAGGGGAUGCGGUGGGUUCAAAUCAUGAUUUGCCCUCAAUUGCAUUAGAGAACACUGGCAAACUUCUCUGAAGAUGCCAGCCACAGAUGCUGGCGAAAAGACAGGAAUAAACUCUUCUAGACCAUGGCUGCAUAGCCAAAAAACCCACAAAAAAAUAUGGAUGCCGGCCAUGAAAGCCUUUGACUUUACAUUUUACAAAGGUCUUCCUUGUUUGUCCAAAGCGGUGGUGGAGCAGCCCUUUCCUGACAUAAUCUUCCUUUGCUUUUGCUGUCCGUCCUGUUACUUUCUCUCCUUCCCUGUGAUUGACAGGGCAUUUGACCCAACAAUUCUGUUCUUGGACACACAGCGAGGGGAUUAGUAGCCCUCAUUUGACUAAGCCCUUCUGCCUCCUUGGCUGGCCUGUGGCUGGCAUAAGCCUCCUAGGUCUCAUUUCUUUUAUCCAGCACCUUGCCCUUCGCCCGGCCGAUCUCCCAUCUGCCGUUCCUCCUUGCCCAGUGCCACCCGUGCUCUUUGCCCUAUGCCAAGGAUAUGCGUGUCUCCCUUCUCCUUCUCCUCCUUUUUCCUCUCAUGACUGGUCCUUUAGGGUCUGGAGGGGCCAUGUCCCGCCUGCCAUGCCCUUCCUCCUGUAAAUGCUCACCCGACGCCAUCAUCUCCUGCGACGGAGCCGGGCUCAGACACCUCCCCAAGGAUAUCGCAGCAUCCACCAUUUCACUCAACCUCUCCAACAACUUCCUCCGGCUCCUGACCGCUGAUGCCUUCAGCAACCUGACCUACCUCAACAGCCUGUCGCUGACCCGCAACAACCUGACCUUCCUGUAUCCCGGAGCCUUUAAGUCCCUCUGCAACCUGAGGGUGCUGCACCUUAGCAGGAACCCUCGGCUGACUUACCUCCAUGCCAACACCUUCGAAGGCCUGAAGAACCUCAUCAGCUUGGACCUCUCCCACUGCAACCUCUUUGAGAUCCACCCUUUUGUCUUCUCCCACUUGCCUUCUUUGGAAGCACUGGUCCUGGCCUCCAACAACAUGCGCUACGUUCCGGAGGCUUUCCGGAGCUUGACGCGGCUCACGAGGCUCUCCCUGGAGAGCAACCGCAUUGAAGCUGUUGGGAGGGACUCCCUGAAAGACAUGGUGGCCCUGAAGGACUUGAACCUCCGGAAGAACCGCAUCUGGACUAUCCAGGAGGACACGUUCCGCCAACUGGGCAGGUUGACCGUGUUAAAUUUAGGACACAACUAUCUCUCCGAUUUGCCUAAUCCGCUCUUCGGUGGAUUAACGCGGCUCAGGACCAUGCACCUGGAGGCAAACCAGCUUACCAGGAUCAGCUGCCCCUUUGACAGCUUGCACAACUUGAGGAAGCUCUACCUCAACAACAACCGCAUCGCGUCCGUCGCCAGCUCCGCGUUCUCCUCCUUGAAGGAGCUGGAUUUCCUGCACUUGAACAGGAACAACCUGAGCCACCUCUCCAGCCACCUCUUUGCAGACCUCCCCAAGCUGAGAUACAUCUUCUUGUCUCACAACCCCUGGGAGUGCGACUGCGCCAUGUUGUGGUUUGCCACCUGGCUCCUCACCUACCAAGGGGUGAUCGAAGGCCUCCACUGUGCCUUGCCGGCUGUCAAUGACACGUCUCUGCUUGGCCACCGUGCCCGGGAGGCCUUCGCCAACUGCCCACCACCACCAAAGCUACUGAAAGAAGAAGAGGGCUGCGAUGGGCACCGCCAAAAUGGCGCGCCCCAUCUGCCUGCUGUUUCUGAGAAACUACUCUGCGUCUUGCUCACCUGGUGGUGCUCCGCAGCUUUCUCCAAUCUCCUUUUCUUCCUGUAGAUGUUUCAGAGGACAUUCCCUUGUUUUUGGCAAUCUGUGCCAAUUGAAAAGGGGGGAAGGGGGCAUUUGUUGGCAAAAUGCUCUAUGCGCCUGUUGCAAGAAGCUUCCCUUUAAGAAUGGGUCGGCUCUGCCAUGCUCAAUUAGCCCGAAGUGCAAUUAAUGCAACCAGCAAGCGCACAGUAAGCUAAUGUGACCAUUGUUUGGCUGGGAUGGAGGUGGACAGGGCUGCUUAAGGGGGUCAGAAGUUCAGGGCUUAAAAAAUCUCUAAUGGUGCUGCUUUUUACAAGGUGCCCUUUCAUACUAUGCAAUUGGUGUGCUAAAAUACCAUGCUACAAAAUCUUGGGCUUUGCCAUGUAGGGAGAGUACUUAGAUGUCUCAGCUGUAGAGUUCCAAACUGCAAAUCCCAGGAUUUCAUGACUAUUAAAGAGGGAACCGCGAUUCUAUUACUGUGCUGUAUGAAUGGGCCCUUAAAUAAUUGCAAAAGGGUGCUUGGAUGUGGACGUUUGCAAGCUGCAUAGCACCCGAAGGUGCCCACUUGAAUGCCUGGUCCCUGCCAGUCUGACUGGGUUGCCAGAGUUCAGGGCACCAGGAAACCACCGUGCCUCUCCAGACUUCCAGGCAAGGAGACCAAAUCUGUGUAUAUUUGUGAACAGAAGCUGGAGCAUAAUGGUAUGGGGGGCAAUUCUCUUCCACCUGUGGGACCCACAUCUGGUGCCACUGUUGCACCCAGGAACACCAGAAGUAGCAUCACUCUGUUGUCACUUUCAGCUGAAUUACAGCCGAGAUUUCCAGCAUGUCCAGAAGACGGAUGGAGAUUGCAGAGCAAUUCCAAAGGUCAGAAAUGCACCCUUAGCUUCAGUUGGUACUGAAGGAAUGUGCUGAAAAAGCUGAACAACCUGCGAUAAGAUUUGGAAAGAGAAUGUGAGUCACACACCAAACCCAGCUGUGUUGCAACCGGCAGGGAUAAACAAAUUGGCGUUGCAACGGGCAAGAUGUAGCCAAGCCCCAUGCAAUGUGGGGCUCUCUUGAACUGAUCUCUUCUUCCUUCCCAGGGUUCAAGGGCAGUCAUGGGAGAGAUGUUGGCAUCUUUGCUGUUAUUGGGUAGGGAUGUUUCGCUUUGCAAUUUGUGUGAAGAAGCCCAACCAAGAGGGGGAAUUUGGAAACCAAAUUCUUGCAAGCAUGCAAAGGGAUCUUGUAGCAACUUUGAGAUUUAACUCAAAGACAGUUGUUGCACCAGAUUCUAUAGACUGGGUCUACUUCUUCAGAUGCAACAAAGAAUGUUUCUAAUGGUCAGUUUUCUUUAGGAGAGGACAAAAAUGCUAAUUGUGAACUAAACAGCUUCCAGACCGGUAGAAGGCUGCCGCUUGUUAUAUGAGCAUACCUGAGUUUUGAGAUCCUCAA